UGAGGGAUCAGUCCAGUACAGCCUUGCGUACGAUCAAGUCGAAAACGUCCACAUUGUAUAUACAUAAAUAUUCGACCAAUUGCGCAGUAUUGACUUUCGGCUCUUUAACCUAUCAAUUGUCACUUAACGAUUGCGCGUCAUUUGACAUUGAUCAUCGAUCGAAAUCGAGCAAACGCCAGCAAAAUGCCGAAGGGCGAAGGUUUCAAGAGUUGCCACGGUCCUGGCUACAGGUCACCUAGAGCAGCGAUAGUCGAAGGGCCACGGGAGAAAUUGCUAUACGUCACCUGUGUUCAUACAGAUCAAAAUAAAUCCGAUGUCCUGUGUACCGUUGACGUAGAUCCGGAUAGUCCCGAUUAUUGUAAGAUCGUUCACAAAUUGCGAAUGCCCUACAUUGGCGACGAAUUGCAUCAUUCCGGAUGGAAUAUCUGUAGCAGUUGCCACGGUGUACCACGAAAACGGGACACCUUGGUACUUCCUUGUCUGAUGUCCGAUCGCGCCUACUUUAUCGACACAACCAAUGAACGAGCUCCAACAAUCAAAAAGGUACUGAACCCAACGGAGGUACACAAAUACGGAGUAUCGACAUUGCACACAAGUCACUGUUUGCCAACCGGAGAAAUUUUAAUUUCUACGCUAGGCAAAUCGAAUGGAGACGCUACUGGUGAUUUUCUUUGUAUCGAUUCCGAAACGCUCGAAGUGAAAGCCACAUGGACCGUGGGAGAAAAAAAAGCAGCGUUCGGUUACGAUUUUUGGUAUCAACCGUAUCACGAUAUACUUGUUGCAAGUGAAUGGGGCGUGCCUAGAAUUUUUAAAAAAGGCUUCUCUCCGGAUAACAGCUCCAAUCCUGCGCUUUAUGGCAGAAGCUUGAAUUUCUAUUCGUGGAACGAAAGAAAGUUAACGCAAGUUUUGAAUUUGGGCGAUGAUGGAAUCGCGCCAUUUGAAGUACGAUUUCCUCAUGACCCAAAAGCUAACGAGGGACUCGUCGGAUGUGCGGUUUCUUCAAAUGUAUAUAAGUUUUACAAAACGCCAAACGGCGAAUGGGCUGCGAAAAAAAUUAUUCAAGUUCCUCCGAAAAAGGUGGAAGGAUGGAUGUUUCCAGAGAUGGAAGGAAUGAUAACGGACAUUUUGAUCAGUCUCGACGACAACUAUCUCUACCUAUCGAAUUGGCUUCAUGGGGAUGUUAGACAAUAUGAUAUUUCUGACAUGGAUAAUCCGAAGUUAACCGGACAAAUAUUUCUUGGAGGCUCAAUUUUAAGUGAUUCGAAAGUUCGUGUAAUUGGAGACAAGGAACUGAAUAGCCAACCGAAUCCAGUUUAUGUCAAAGGCCGAAGACUCGACGGAUCACCGCAGAUGCUUCAAUUAAGUCUCGAUGGGACACGUCUAUAUGUGACUACUUCAAUUUUCAAACCAUGGGACCAACAAUUUUAUCCUGAACAUGUCAAAAAUGGUUCGAUCAUGGUCAAGCUAGAUGUUGAUGUUCAAAAUGGAGGCCUCAAACUAGAUGAACAAUUUUUGGUGGACUUUGGCACAGACAAAAAUGACAUUUUACUUGCACACGAAAUGCGUUAUCCAGGAGGUGACUGUACAUCAGAUAUAUGGCUGGCAGAAGAUUAAUCUACUCGUCGAUC